CGAUAUUUUGAGAAUUAAUAAGGAGUAUAUCGGGUAUUAAUUAAUAUUCAGCCAUUUUUUGUUUCUGAAUUAUGACUCAAGCAAAGCUGAGAAUCUCUUUGCUCGCACUUGCUGUCAUCAAUCAUACAGAGUAUCAUUUCCGGCGAUCAGACCGGUUGGAGAAGGUCGUUUCCGGCGAGUUUUGUGCUAUGCUCGAACGAGAUUAUUAAUUAGUUGCAGUCCCACUGGAGAUACGACAUCUGAAACAAAAGCAGAUGAUACUGUUGCAGUCCCACUCCAGAUACCUCCUUCAGAUCUUGUCUACACGCGCUCAAAAUCUUGAUAAGGGUGUUGAACUUGAUUGCCAAUGGGUUGAAUUUGGUGAUAUUCGGUUCCAUAUCCAGGCUUCAAUGAGGAAUUCAAAUAUCUUGCUACUUUCAAUGUCUUUACCAAUACCUCCUCCUGAAACUGUAUUCUUCGGGGGACUUCCUCUUGGAGCAAUAGAAGCCAUAAAGGCUAGAUAUGGAGUGGUUGCACAAAUUCUAGAUCCUCCAAGAGAUGGAUUUAAUCUCACAUUGAAAUUGAAUUUGUCCAAACUUCCUCCAGAUGAAGAUCACAAACAUCAUCUGUUGGUAAGUAUUGCAGCUGUAAGGGAAGUGGUAAUGGGGGCCCCAUUAAGAGCAAUUCUGAAUGCUCUAGCUCUGAGGACAGUUCCUUCUGAUUCAGAGAAGGUUAUUGCUCUUGUUCAUCGGCCAAAUGAGUGUUUCCUCCUCUUACCCCAGGCAGAGAAAGUAACUGUGAUAUUUCCGAUGAGGUUCAAUGACUCUAUAGAUACCAUUCUUGCUACGUCUUUCCUACAGGAAUUUGUGGAGGCAAGGCGAACUGCUGGACUACACAAUGCCCCUCCCUGUUUUUGGUCCCCUUCUCUUCCUCAAGAGCUGGAAGGUGUUGUUAAUGAGGCAUUGACAGCUAAUGCUGGAUAUUUCAGUUUUGUCAUUUUCCCACGUCAUGUGGAAGGACAGAAACUGGACAGGACUGUCUGGAAUCUCUCAAGCUUUCAUGCUUAUGUGAAUUAUCAUGUUAAGUGUUCAGAGGGUUUCAUGCAUACUCGGAUGAGGCGUCGGGUGGAAUCACUUAUACAAGCUCUUGACCGUGCCAAGCCAGAUGCUGAAAAGCAAAAGGAAAGUUCUUCGCAAAACAGAUCGUUUAAACAAUUGAGCCUUAACGAUGGCAAGAGUGGUCUGAUUUCACGGAGAUGAGGGGCAGCAUCCAAACAAUGAAGUUUCUUAGUACUGCCUGAUAAAAUUUCUUCAUUGUUUCUUUCCAUGUAUUUUGGUGUAGAAACUCAGAAAUCAAAAUAUAGUUCAUGACAAUAACCUUUUUAUUUGCCCAUAAAUUUUGCCCAAGACGCUCUAAUUAAAUGACCCAGUGCCUAGAAAUCCCUCUAUUUAUAGGACCCCACCCCCCUUUUCCUAUUUAUAGGACUUACCUCCAUUUGAAGGAUGCUUUUUCUUCUCUACACACCCACUUCUCUCUAGAAUAACUUAAUAGUCCAUUAAUGGAAGCUUCUUAUACAAUGUAAAUGGUGAAGAAAGACUAAUAAAAUGAGAGUGACU